UUUACACUGUCCGAUUCUGUUGUAAUGUGGACGCAACUGACAGGCGGCAGCGUUUCUUGAAUCAAACCAAACUUCGUUCACAUUUAAAAUUGAGUCUUAAAUCAUCUUCUUUCACUUCCACCCGCAGCAGCCGGUUGUUUAACCCGCUUCAGCCCGGUGUUCACUGGUGUUUCGGUUGCGGGUCAGCGUGUUGUUGUCGGAGGUCAGCGGGUCUCCAGGUGAAACCAGCACGCCGUACAGAUGCUUUCCCCAAGCAGGACCGUCUCCUCCCGGCUCCUCAGGCCGGUGUCGUGGAUCCCUCUCCGGCUGGGCUCCGACCGGAGAGCCGCUGGCACAGCACCGAAAGUGUUGAUAAAGAAGCAUGAACUGGAGAAAGAUGAGCCCCGCCCCCUCUACAUGGACUUCCAGGCCACUACGCCCAUGGACCCCCGGGUACUGGACGCCAUGUUGCCCUACCAGGUGAAUUACUACGGUAACCCUCACUCCCGAACACACGCCUACGGCUGGGAGAGUGAGAGCGCCAUGGAGACAGCCAGAAAGCAGGUGGCUGAUCUGAUUGGAGCAGAUCCCAGAGAGAUCAUCUUCACCAGCGGAGCCACCGAGUCCAACAACAUGGCUAUCAAGGGCGUGGCCAGGUUCUACCAGGCCAAGAAGCGCCAUGUGAUCACCACUCAGACUGAACAUAAAUGUGUUCUGGACUCGUGUCGAGUUCUGGAGUCCGAAGGAUUCAGCAUCACGUACCUGCCGGUCCAGACGAACGGACUGCUGGACCUGGAGCUGUUGGAGGCCUCCAUCCGCCCUGACACCUCUCUCUUGUCGGUGAUGACCAUCAACAACGAGAUCGGAGUGAGACAGCCCAUCGAGGAGAUCGGUAAGAUUUGUCGUUCUAAAGGAGUCUUCUUUCACACUGAUGCUGCUCAGGCUGUCGGAAAGAUUCCCAUCAACGUCACCGACUAUAAGAUUGAUCUGAUGUCCAUCAGCGGCCACAAGAUCUACGGUCCCAAAGGUGUGGGUGCUUUGUACGUGCGCCGCCGUCCCCGAGUGCGGUUGGAGCCGAUUCAGAACGGGGGCGGGCAGGAGAGGGGGCUGCGCUCCGGCACUGUCCCCACUCCGCUGGCUGUAGGGCUGGGAUCCGCUUGCAGCAUCGCCCAGCACGAGAUGGAGUAUGACCAUAAUAGAGUUUCCAUGCUGGCUAAUCGUUUGGUCCAGAAGAUCAUGGCUGGGCUUCCGGACGUCAUCAUGAAUGGAGAUCCAGUACAACGCUACCCUGGCUGUAUCAACCUGUCCUUUGCCUAUGUGGAGGGAGAGAGUCUGUUGAUGGCGCUGAAGGAUGUCGCUCUGUCAUCUGGGAGUGCCUGUACAUCAGCGUCUCUGGAGCCAUCGUAUGUCCUCAGAGCAAUCGGAGCGGAUGAAGACCUGGCUCACUCUUCCAUCAG